AUGAGUACAUCUGCAUCAACAUCUUCAUCUGGUAAAAACAAUCAUUUGUCUCCCAAACCACAACUGCGUCAUCGUUCUUCAUCAUCUGUUGGUAAUAUCAACGUUGGAGACACGUCACCUUCUUUAUCAACAAUGGCCACAUCAUCUUCAUCUAGAAGAAAAUCAAAUGCAAGAUUAAUUGAAUUACAAAAGGAAUCCAAAUCAGAUUUUGCUAUUGCCAAAAAAUUGAUAAUUGGAUUUAGAGAAUUAACUUAUAGACAAACAUGGAUAUUACCAUUAAUUGUUUUGAUUAUUGCAUUUUCAACUUAUUAUCUUUCAAGUCCUUCAGGUGAAAUUCAUCAAUUUUUAAAAGACAUGAUUGUCCCAUCCUAUCAUGUACCAGGAACUGAUCAAUAUGGAAAAGGUGUGAAUGAUUUCAAAUUCGUUGGAUUUUAUGCCUUAUUUUUUACAUUUUUGAGAGAAUUCAUGAUGUGUUGUGUUUUAAGACCACUUAGUAUAUUCUUUGGAAUCAAAAAAGAAGCUAAACAAAAAAGAUUUUUGGAACAAACUUAUGCAAUGUUUUAUUAUGGAUUAAGUGGUCCAAUUGGAUUAUGGAUCAUGUCCAGAACUCCAUUAUGGUGGUUUAAAACCACUCCAAUGUACCUUGAAUAUCCUCAUAAAACCCAUGAAAUAUAUUUUAAAGUAUUUUAUUUGGGUCAAGCAGCUUUUUGGGUCCAACAGUCAGUUGUUUUGAUCUUACAGCUUGAAAAACCUAGAAAAGAUUUUAAGGAAUUAGUUUUACAUCAUAUUAUUACAAUUGCUUUGAUUUGGUGUUCUUAUAGAUUUCAUUUUACGUGGAUUGGUAUUGAAGUAUUUAUCACUAUGGAUGUUUCCGACUUUUUUUUGGCAUUAUCAAAAACUUUGAAUUAUUUGGAUUCCAAAUUGACUGGACCGUUCUUUGUUUUCUUCAUUGGUGUAUGGGUAUAUUUAAGACAUUACAUUAAUUUAAAGAUUUUAUGGUCAGUUUUGACUGAAUUUAAAACAGUAGGUGAAUGGGAAUUAAACUGGGAAACCCAGCAAUACAAAUGCUACAUUUCACAACCUAUCACCUUCGCUUUAAUUUUCGCUUUACAAUUAGUUAAUGCUUAUUGGUUAUUCUUAAUCUUAAGAAUUUUAUCAAGAUAUAUUUUCGCAGGUGAUAAGAAAGAUGAAAGAAGUGACGAUGAAGAAGAGGAUGAUGGAGAAACUCAAGAAGCUGAAGAUAAAAAGCAUCAAUAA